AUGCAGAAAGCGCGGGAGAUGCGGGACGAGCUCCCCGAGGAUUUCUACAUCCCCGUGAGCCUGGAGACCACCAACCUGACGGCGCUGAGCCCCUUCCUGGUGCCCCAGACGCACCUGGGCAGCCCCGGCAUCUUCAGGGCCAUGGCGGCCUUCAUGUUCCUGCUGGUGGUGCUGGGCGCGCCCGUCAACGCGCUGACCGUGCUCUGCACCGCCAAGUACAAGAAGCUGCGCUCGCACCUCAACUACAUCCUGGUCAACCUGGCCGUGGCCAACCUGCUGGUGGUGUGCGUGGGCUCCACCACCGCCUUCUACAGCUUCUCGCAGAUGUACUUCGCCCUGGGGCCGCUGGCCUGCAAGAUCGAGGGGUUCACGGCCACGCUGGGCGGCAUCACGGCGCUGUGGUCGCUGGCCAUCAUCUCCUGGGAGCGCUGGUUCGUGGUGUGCAAACCCUUCGGCAACAUCAAGUUCGACGGGAAGCUGGCGAUGGCGGGGGUCGUGUUCGCCUGGGUCUGGGCCUGCGCCUGGACCGCGCCCCCCAUCUUCGGCUGGAGCAGGUACUGGCCCCACGGGCUGAAGACCUCGUGCGGGCCGGACGUGUUCAGCGGCAGCUCGGACCCGGGUGUCCAGUCCUACAUGGUGGUGCUGAUGGUCACCUGCUGCUUCUUCCCCCUGUCCGUCAUCAUCUUCUGCUACCUGCAAGUCUGGCUGGCCAUCCGCGCGGUGAGGACACGCCCCGACAUGGGGUAUGGGAUAGGGGACAGGAACAGGGUCACCAUCUACAGCCCCAUCAACAUCUAUAACCCGGUCUGUCCCCGGUGUCCCCGUGUCUGUCCUUGUCCCCCGUCUGUCCCCUCCCUGUCCGUCUGUCCGUCGGCCCCGCAGUUCCGGAACUGCAUCCUGCAGCUCUUCGGCAAGAAGGUGGACGAUGGCUCCGAGGUCUCCACCUCGCGCACCGAGGUGUCCUCCGUGUCCAACUCCUCCGUGUCACCCGCCUAGC